AUGAGUGCUAGGUCUAGUAUGGAAAAUAUUGAGAAGCAUGUCUUCCAACAUGAUGUCACUGAUAAAGUUGACACCAAUCAAACUGCUUCGGUUGUAGAGGUUGAUGACGGUGAAACCAAUGAACCACCAAUUAAUAAUGUUAUGGAAACUAAAAGUAAGAAUCUUAUGAUUAAAAAAACAGAAAUUAUGUCUGCUGUUUGUGAUAAAUGGUAUCAACAUGUACUAUUAAUCUUUUGCGCUUUCAUUUGUGGUUAUGGUUAUGGUUUAGAUGGUAAUAUUCGUUAUAUAUAUACCGGUUAUGCUACUUCAUCAUAUGCAGAACAUUCAUUGUUAUCUACCAUUAACGUUAUUAAUGCCGUCAUAAGUGCAGUCUCGCAGAUUAUGUAUGCAAGAUUAUCCGAUGUCUUUGGUAGAUUAUCUUUAUUCAUUGCUGCAGUAAUAUUAUACGUUGUUGGUACUAUUAUUCAAUGCCAAGCUUAUGAUGUUCAAAGAUAUGCCGCUGGUUCAAUUUUCUAUAAUGCAGGUUAUGUUGGUGUUCUUUUGGUAUUAUUACUAAUUUUAUCAGAUUUUUCUUCUUUAAAAUGGAGAUUAUUCUAUCAAUUUGCACCAACUUGGCCAUUUAUUAUUAAUACAUGGAUUUCUGGUAAUAUUACAUCUGCAGCCAAUCCAAUCAAGAAUUGGUCUUGGGAUAUAGGUAUGUGGGCUUUCAUCUUCCCAUUAUCAUGUGUUCCAAUCAUCUGCUGUAUGUUAUACUUCAGAUGGAAAGCCUCAAAGACUCCAGAAUGGCAAGCUAUAAGUCAUGAAAAGACUAUGUAUCAAGAAUAUGGGUUGACUUCAACUAUUUGCCAAUUGUUCUGGCAAUUAGAUAUUAUUGGUGUAAUUUUGAUGGGUUGUAUAUUAGGCUGUAUCCUUGUUCCUCUAACAUUAGCAGGUGGUACUCAAUCUAAAUGGAAUGAUGGUCGUAUCUUAGGUCCAUUUGUCUUAGGUUUUGUUUUAAUUCCAUUCUUUUCAUACUGGGAAAUUAAAUUUGCUAAAUAUCCUUUAGUUCCAGGUAAAUUAAUUAAAGAUCGUGGUGUUUGGGCUGCUCUAGGUAUCUCUUUCUUGAUUGAUUUCAUUUAUUAUAUGGCUGCUGAUUAUUUGUAUACUGUUCUGAUUGUUUCAGUUAAUGAAUCGGUUAAAUCUGCCACAAGAAUUUCAUCCUUAUCUUCUUUCGUCUCAACUGUCGCAUCACCAUUCUUUUCAUUGUUUUUAACAAGAUUCACAAGAUUAAAGCCAUUCAUCAUUUGUGGUUGUUCCCUUUGGUUCUUAAGUAUGGGUCUACUAUACCAUUUCAGAGGUGGUUCAGAAUCUCAUUCAGGUAUCAUCGGUGCUCUUUGUGUAUGGGGUUUAGGUACUGUGUUAUUCACAUAUCCAGUCAAUGUCUCUUGUCAAGCUGCCACUAGUCAUGAAAAUAUGGCUACUGUUACAGCAUUAAAUUAUACCCUUUACAGAAUCGGUUCAGCUGUUGGUGCUGCUGUGUCUGGUGCCAUUUGGACACAAAAACUAUAUGGACAAAUCUUAAAGAAGAUGGGAGAUGAGACAUUAGCUCAAGCUGCUUAUUCUUCACCGUAUACAUUUAUUGUCACUUAUACAUGGGGUACACCUGAGAGAGAGGCAUUGGUCCAGGCAUAUCGAUACAUUCAAAGGUUGGAAACAGUAGUGGCUUUGGUCUUCUGUGUUCCAUUGGUCGGGUUAUCUCUAUGUUUAAGAGAUGCUAAAUUGACUGAUAGUGUUGCCCAUAAUGAUAUUGCUGAAGGUGAAUACAUUGAUAAGAAAUCCGAUGAUCCAAUUGGCGAGUUCUUUGUUCGUAUGUUCGGUAGAGGUAAGGAUUCUCAACAUUCUCACAAUAACGUCACUGAUUCAUCAACUACAACAGAUAGUCAUAAGACUGAAUCUUUUACAGAAAAGGACUCUCAGCACAAAGCAUAA